UUCUAUAAAGCAGGAUUAGCCAGUUGGCCGAAGGUACAGUCAGUAAAAAACCAUUGCUCGAGCAUGGUACUAAGCAACAGCUGCUGGAUCCUGCUGGCCCUGGCUAGUGUGGCCACGCUAUCACAAGCUUCCACCAUCCGUGAUGUGUUGGCAUUCCGCCGAGGAGAUGCACCACAACCCACCAACAUUGCACCGCUAACGGCUGACAUCAUCACCAACGAUGGAUACUUAGUCGAGGAGCACCAGGCAACGACGGCCGAUGGCUACGUCCUGACAAUGUUCCGCAUCCCGGGCGGUCCUGGCAAUCCACCGCGCGAAGGCAAGAACGUUGCAUUUGUCCAGCACGGUUUGCUCUGCUCGUCGGCCGACUGGGUAAUACUGGGACCGGGCAAAGCUCUCGCCUACAUGCUUGUGGACGCCGGAUACGAUGUGUGGUUGGGUAAUGCGCGUGGCAAUACGCACUCCCGCCGCCAUAUCUUCCACGAUCCGGAUGCGCGCAAUACGGAUUUCUGGGACUUUAGCUGGCACGAAAUCGGUUACUUCGAUUUACCUGCUAUGAUUGAUUACGCGCUACAGUUCACUGGACAGACGUCACUGCAGUACGCUGGCCACUCGCAGGGUACGACCUCGUUCUUCAUCAUGACGUCGUUGCGUCCGGAGUACAAUCAACGUAUUCGUUCGAUGCAUGCGUUGGCACCGGUAGCUUUCAUGAGCAAUCUGCGUUCACCGUUUGUGCGUGCCUUUGCUCCCUUCGUCGACCAGAUUGAUUGGCUAAUGCGUAUGUUGGGCGUGAACGAGUUCCUUCCCAGCAGCGACAUGAUGACGCUCGGUGGUCAAAUGCUGUGCCGUGACGAAGCACUCUUCCAGGAGGUGUGCGCCAACGUGCUGUUCCUCAUCGGAGGUUUCAACUCGCCCCAACUCAACCGUACUAUGCUGCCUGCAAUUCUGGCCAACACUCCCGCCGGUGCUUCGGUUAACCAGCUGGUACACUACGCUCAAGGCUAUAAUUCCGGACGCUUCCGUCAGUUUGAUUACGGUCUGACGCUAAACCUCAUCCGGUACGGAUCGAUCCGUCCUCCAGAUUAUCCACUCGACCGCAUUACCGCCCCGGUAGCGCUCCACUACGGUGACAACGAUUGGCUGGCGGCCGUGUCGGAUGUGCGCCAACUGCACUCUAACCUCCGUAACGCGAUCGGAUUGUUCCGUGUGUCGGACCCGAACUGGAACCAUUUGGAUUUCACUUGGGGAAUCGAUGCCGAUUCGCUACUCUACCGACGUGUCAUCAGCUUCAUGGAUCGAUACAACUAA